CACAGUUUAUGUCUUAGUAUCCUUGAUGAAUUCCACAGUGCCCCGAGAAAAUUCUGAUAUGAACAGUUACAAGCGAUCCCCAUCCAAUGCCUCCCCAGGGCACUGCCCAGGUCAGCAGGCAUUGCAGGAGAUCUGCAGGUACCAGAGCAGGUCCCUGCUGCUGCACCCCGGCCCCUUCGCCCACCUGGUGCGGGAGAUCUGCCUGCUCUUCACCCGCGGGGUCGAUUACCGCUGGCAGAGCAUGGCCUUGCUGGCGCUGCAGGAGGCAGCAGAGGCCUUCAUGGUGCGGCUGCUGGAAGAUGCCUACAUGUGCUCGCUGCACGCCCACCGAGUCACCCUGUUCCCCAAGGAUCUGCAGCUGGCCUGGCGCCUGCGGGGACCCGAGGGAGGGCAUCUGAAUGGGGACCCCCCAGAGCCCCUGCACAGACUCAACCACCCAGGCUCCUGUACCAAGACCCCCACCCUGGGGCUCUCUCUUGACAAUCUCACACCCCUAGUCUUACUGGGACCUCCUAUGAGACCAUCAUGCUGA